GCCAACCUAGGGGAAUUGCAAAUGGAGGAACUGGCGUGGGGCCUAAUGACGAGCAGCAACACAUACAGCUUCUUGUGGGUAGUCAGAGCUUCCGAAGAGAGUAAGCUUCCGAGCAAUUUCAAGAACGCAUUGGAUUCGAAAGGUCUAGUCGUGAAUUGGUGUCCUCAGCUGGAAGUUCUGGCUCAUCAGGUCGUGGGGUGUUUCGUAACUCACUGUGGAUGGAACUCAACACUCGAGGCCUUGAGCUUGGGAGUGCCGAUGGUGGCAAUGCCACAGUGGACGGAUCCAACGACUAAUGCGAAAUGUAUUGUGGACUUAUGGAAUGUAGGGGUGAGGGUCAGGGUCGACAGUGAGAAGGGAGUUGUCAGCAGAGACGAGAUUGAGUUGUGUGCAAGACACGUCAUGGAGGGAGAGAGAGGGAAUGAGCUUGAAAACAAUGCUGUCAGGUGGAAGGAAUUGGCUAAAGAGGUUGUCGAUGAAGGUGGAAGCUCCGAUAACGACAUUGAGGAAAUUUGUUUCAAAAUUAGUAUGCACGUAACAUGA